UUGUCAACGGAAACUAAAAUUUCGAAAAUAAUAAAAUUCAUAUAUUUUAACUAAACUUUGUAUUUAUUAAAUAUUAGACUUGCUAAUCUAGAAAAAUCUGUGAGAAAAUAACAACAACAUGGAGGUAGAUGCCGAAGCAGCCACUGUGGGACAAUUUCAAACUCUAGUACGUUACAACAAUCCUGUGCUAGUGGUUAAACAUACUGAAAAGAAAACCAUACCAGCAGAAUUGGAACUCAAACGUCCCCAAACUGCUGGGGCUCUAUUAGAUACAAAAAAGGAAACUGAGGAAAUUUUAAAUUCUAUACUGCCACCACGUUGUUGGGAGGAUGAGGGUCAAUUGUGGCAACAAACUGUUUCCAGUACACCGGCUACUAGGCAAGAUGUCAUAAAUCUGCAGGAAAUGUUGGACACUCGUCUGCAACAAACACAAGCUCGGGAGACAGGCAUAUGCCCAAUACGUCGAGAAUUAUAUUCCCAAUGUUUUGAUGAAAUCAUACGCCAAGUUACUAUAAACUGUUCCGAAAGAGGUUUAUUACUUUUACGCAUACGUGAUGAAAUUGCCAUGUCUAUGGAGGCCUAUGAAACUUUAUAUUGUAGCUCGGUGGCUUUUGGUAUGCGUAAAGCUUUACAAGCCCACGAGGAAAAGGAAAUGUUAAGAGAUCUAGUUAAAACCUUAGAAGCGGAUAAGGAAGCCUUGGAGGAAAUAAUCAGUGAUAUGAAGUUGAAAAAUGAACAGGCUGAGCGGCGCAAUGCAGAAUUGCGUGCUUCAGAAGAGAAAAAAUAUCAAGAAGAAAUUGCUUUCCUGAAGAAGACCAACACGCAACUAAAGGCCCAGUUGGAGGGAAUAACAGCUCCCAAAAAAUAAGUUUAUUUUAACAUUAUAAUUUUAAUAAGUUUUUACUUUUAUUUCUUAGAAAAUCAUAAAAUAUAUUAAAAAAUAAUGAUUA